AUGGAUCUGCAGACCUUCGUGCUGAGGGUGACCAUCCACUGCCAUGGCUGCAAGAAGAAGGACGUGAAGGUGGAUGCCCAGCUGCACAAGGUGAUGGUGACCGGCACCGUGGACGCCGAGACGCUCAUCAAGCGGCUGCACAAGUCGGGCAAGCAGGCCCUGCCAUGGCAACACACGCCUGCCAAGAAUCCCGACCCUGCGCCGCCAGCCCCAGCCGACGCCCCCGCGCCGGCCGAGGACGGCAGCAAGGAUGCUGCUGUAGCGGAGAAGAAGCCGGCGGAGCUUGUGAAGGAGCCGCAGGCCGACAGCUCGGACAAGAAGCCGGAGCAGGAGACGGCCCCGGAGAAGAAGCCUGAGGCGGAGAAGGAAGCAGAAUCUGAGAAGAAGGCUGACAAGGAGGAGGAGGCGAAACCAAGCGACGAGGCAAAGCAAGACGGCGGCGAGGGCGAGCCCAAGGCAAAGGGCGCCGAGCCCGCGAGUGAGCCCGCUGCCGCCGCAAAGGAGGCCGGCGGCAAUGACGAGGCCGAGGCGAAGAAGAAACAGAGCAAGCCCAAGGACGCCGAUAGGUCCCUGUCCCCAGCGCCGGCGCAUGCGCCGAUGCACGCGCGCCACGAAUUCAACCCGUACGGCGCGCCGCAGCCGGUGAUGAGCUACAACAUGGCGCAGCCGAGAGCGAGCGUGUCCCACUACGCGCCGCGGCCGGAGCAGGGCUACUCGCUGCAGCAGCAGCAGGCCGGAAUUUUCGGUGAUGCGCAUUCAAUGAAAGGAGACGUUUCCGUCUACGACGAGCGGCGCCUUGAGCUAUUUGAGAAGAUUCAGGCGUGGCACGAAGCUCGAAUCAAAACCGGCCUGCCUCUGGACUCGCUGGAGUCGGGCAAGGAGGAGGCGGAGGCAGAGGUCGAGGCAAAGCAGGAUGCGGCGCCGGAGGAGGACGAGGACAACGACGCAGGAGAAGCAUAUCCGGCGCCUUCGGCUGCGAGCUUUGCCAUGGCAGAGUACGAGGUGGCCCAGGCGGAGGAUGCAACGGAGCAGUAG